AUGUCUCGACAAGAAGACGACUUGGCCUAUGGCCGCUAUUAUGAGUCCGAACGUGGCUCGGGUGACGGAGCCAGAGGGUUCGGCGACACAUUCAAGAAGUUCCGCGACACCUACAAGACCCAUGGCUCCUCGCGGCCCUCCGAUCAAGCUCAAACCCAGCCCGGCUAUCAGGGACAGGGGAACCAGAACCAGAACCCCUAUGGAUACAGUAGCCAAAACUCCGGUGCGGCCACGCAGCAGCAUCAGCAGUAUCAACAACAACCCCAGUACCAAGAAAACCCUCCGAAGAAGGAUAAACUAGGCGGGUUCCUGGAUAAGAUCCAAGGUACCGUUGCCGAAUUCGGUAACGAGUUCGCUCAGAAGGUUGGUACCACCAUCGACCCGCAGGCCUACGCCCAGUAUGGUGCCAGCAAGCCCACCACCGAGCACCGCUUCGGUAGCUUUGCACCUUCCCGCGAACAUAAUGAUGUAAAGUGGUACGUCGAUGGAUGCAGCUAUUUCUGGGCCGUUUCUCGAGCUCUGGAGAAUGCGCGCGAAUCUAUUUGGAUUCUGGACUGGUGGCUCUCCCCUGAGCUGUACCUGAGAAGGCCCCCAGCCAAGAACGAGCAGUACCGUCUGGAUCGAAUGCUGCAGGCGGCAGCCCAGCGUGGCGUUCGUGUCAAUAUUAUCGUCUACAAGGAAGUUACGCAAGCCUUGACUCUGUCUUCCUCCCAUACCAAGCAUGCACUUGAGAAUCUCCACCCUAAUAUUGCGGUCUUCCGCCACCCCGACCACUUGCCUGAUCGCCAAGAGCUGGCUUCGGAUAUCACCACAUCUCUCCAGCACAUGUCACUCGACUCAGCCAGUCUUACCAAGAUGUCCAAGGAUGCCCUGAAAGGCUUGUAUGGAAUGAAUGAUGAUGUUAUUCUGUACUGGGCCCACCACGAAAAACUGUGCCUGAUUGACGGUCAAAUCGCUUUCAUGGGUGGUUUGGAUCUUUGCUUUGGUCGCUGGGACACCCACCAGCACUCCAUUGCUGAUGCCCAUCCCGAGGAUAUCAAUGAGACCGUCUUCCCCGGUCAGGACUACAACAACUCGCGAGUCCUUGAUUUCCAUGAUGUCUCCCACUGGGAACAGAACCAGCUGGACAGGAAGAAUAGUUCCAGAAUGGGUUGGUCUGAUAUCUCUGUCAGUCUGCACGGUGUUGUCGUAGAAGAUCUGCGCCGACACUUUGUUGAGCGAUGGAACUUCAUAUACGAUGCCAAGUACAAGGUCCGCAAUGAGUCGAGGUACGCCAGGCUCGCACUUUACGGAAGACCGACUUCCUUCGGCGGCCAGCAGCAGGGUAAUCAGCAGGGCAAUCAGCAGGGCAAUCAACAGCAGCAGUCCAGCCCGUAUCCUUCUGGAACUGCUAGCCCUCAGCAGCAGCAGACUCCUGCCUGGCAAAAUCAAUCGCAGCAACAAGGCGGUGCUUCCACAUAUCCACCGCCUCCAGGUCAGACCCCUGCGACCUCGCAGCAGCAGACACCGACCUCGCAAUAUCACUCACAGCAACUAGGUGGUGCCUCUGCCUACACAACGACCCCAGGCCAAACAUCUGCUAGCCCGCAGCCCCAGUCUCAAUCUUAUCAACACGGAGGCGCUUCAACCUAUCCUCCCCCUCCUGGGCAGGGCUCUGCUAGCCCACAGCAGCAGCAGCAGCCUGCUUCAUCAUACCAGCCCUACCAAGCAGGCGGAAAUCAGACCUACACGCCGCCUGCUAGUCAGUCCCCGGCUGAUCAGAGCUCGCAGCAUCAUCAGUAUACUUACACUGGCGACUCUUUCCCGCCGCCGCCUCCAUCUGGGCCUCCCUCGAGCCAGUCUCCUGCAAAUGCAUCAUACCAACCUCAGCAACAGGGCCAGACCUCGUAUUAUGCGCCACCGCCGACCUAUUCUACUGAUUCUGCGCAUCAGGGCCAGUCUCAGAGUCAAGCGCCUUAUUAUCCACCUCCGCCAGGCCAGGAAGCAUCUCACUCUAGCACCCGCGGAAUAGGUGAUCAACAAUACGAAGGUGAACGUGGAUUUGCACCCCGCCGAUUCCGUGAGGAGUUCUCGCAGUACGGAAAUCAAAUCCGUGGUCAGCUGGCUGGUCAAAUUCAUCAAUAUCAGGAUAAAUUGACAACAUACGGACGCCCCACAUCCCAGAGCCGCGGCAACAUGUCGUGCCAAAUCGUGCGCAGCUGUGCUAAAUGGAGCAACGGAAGUCCUCUGGAACAUUCUAUUGCUGAUGCAUACUGUGCUGUGAUCAAGAACAGCCAGCACUUUGUGUAUAUUGAGAACCAGUUCUUCAUCACUUCCACCGGUGAAUCCCAGCACCCUGUGAAGAACAAGAUCGGUGCCGCUAUUGUGGAGCGCAUCUUGCGUGCCGCCCGUGCAGGUCAAAAGUAUAAGAUCAUCGUUGUCAUUCCUUCUGUGCCGUGCUUCGCCGGAGAUUUGAGAGAUGACGAGAUGCUGGGAACUCGUGCGAUCAUGGAGUUCCAGUAUAACUCGAUCAACCGUGGCGGAAACAGUAUCAUGGAGCUGAUUGGCAAGGAAGGCUUCAACCCUAUGGACUAUAUUCGUUUCUACAACCUCCGCAACUAUGACCGGAUUAACAACGCCGGCCUGAUGGCUAAAAUUGAGCAACAGAGCGGUGUCAACUAUGAGGAUGCUCGCAAACAGUAUGACUACAACACCGUUGGCUCCGGUGGCUAUCCUCAAAGCACUUCUCGCAGCGCUUUCGAUACCUCUGCUCCAUUCCAGCAGUAUCAGGAGGCUGCUCACAAUGCUCAAGCCGCGCAAGGUGGUAAAUCCGCCGGUCGCUGGGACACUGUCAGCUCAUGCUACAUGUUGGGUGGUGAGAAUAUUCGCAAUGUGCCGUGGGAUGGGCACCCUGAUGCUGAGAUUGACGCUUUUGUGAGCGAAGAGCUCUAUGUACACUCGAAGGUUAUGAUCGCCGACGACCGCAUUGUCAUUUGCGGCUCCGCGAACCUCAACGACCGCUCGCAACUCGGCGACCACGACUCCGAGAUCGCAGUCGUCAUCGAAGAUUUCACCCCGGUGCAGUCAACCAUGAACGGUCAGCCCUGGACCGCGAGCCGGUUCGCCAGCUCUCUCCGUCGCGAAUUGUUCCGAAAGCACCUGGGCCUUCUGCCUCCGCAGGACUAUCAGCACCCCAACGCGAACUCCGAACCUGUCGGCAUCCCCAACCAGUUUGACUUCGACUGCCCCGAGAGCAAGAUCGUCUCCGACCCUCUCUCAGACACCAUGCAAAGCCUGUGGAACUCUCGCGCACACACCAACACCGAGGUCUUCCGCAAGGUUUUCCAUGCUGUCCCUGACGACUGUGUGCGUAACUGGGCCACCUACAAGGAGUUCUUCGAGUACUACUUCCACGGGGCGGACAAAGAGGCCGAGGGCAAGGCGGGGCUUGCUCGUCCUGCUCGCUUCCAGUGGGGCCAUGUGGUGCGCGAUGACUUCGCUCCUGGUGCCGAAGGCGCGAAGCAAGUCAAGGAAUUGCUGAGCCAGGUUAAGGGUACUCUAGUCGAGAUGCCUCUGAUGUUCUUAAUUGAGGAGGAUAUUGCCAAAGAGGGAUUGACCCUAAAUGACCUGACUGAGCCCAUUUACACCUGA